AUGUACCCGCUUCUCUCCGUCCUCCUAUCCGCCUUCAUCUCCUCCCUCUUCGUGCUCUCGCUUUACGUAUGGGAGGUUCCCCGCAUCUUGCGCGGAGCUCCACCGGCCAAUCGCGACGACCCACGUGUCGUGUGCCAGCGUAUCACGAGCGUGCUUGGUUCCUGCGUGGCGUCCGCCGCAAUUGUCGCGGCUGUCUCGAAAUACGGCCUGUUGGACGACGCCCAUGCCCCUCUGCCCUCUGUUCCUCGCCUUCUUUCUCUGCAACCUGACUACCUGAUUCCGUCCCUCGCCUUCCCUCUCCUCCUCGUGACUCUUCUCUUUCUCGGCCCUCUCACCCUCUCCUCAUUGAAUUCGCUCCAAGCCCUAGCCGCUGCGAGGCGUGAGAAUCGUCAGUACGCCACUCUAGCCAGUGCCGAUGGCGCUGCUGCUGUUGCAGCUGGUGCUGGUGCCGCUGUUCCGCAUGUAUCUAAGCCGCUGGUGCUGCCAGUGCUACCGAGUGACCUGCUGUUCCUCGCCCGCAACCUGGUGGUGGCUCCUCUCAGCGAGGAGUUUGUUUUCCGGGCAGCCCUGUGUCCGCUUCUUCUUGCGGGUGGCUUCUCAGUCACCUCCACGGUUUUCAUCUGCCCGCUUUUCUUCAGCCUAGCACACGGGCAUCACAUCUGGAACCUAGUGCACUACCAUCGCUGCUCCCCCCUCCCUCAGCACACGGGCAUCACAUCUGGAACCUAA